CGACGAGAGUCUUCAGCAAAUCGGCACCGAGGAGCACCGUUACCGCCAGUCACAUCAGGACCGGUCCAGGUGACUGACCCGAGUAUAAUGAAUGUAAUGAAGAAGAAGCCUGGAGCUACUACCCGCACGGGGCAAGGAGCACGAGUAAAAAUCUCCCCAGCCGCAUCAUCCCCCUCACCAGCCGCGGAAAUCCAUCCUCUGGCCUCGCGCGGCGAGGAGAGCGGUCACUCACAACGGCAUCACGAAACAUCGCGGGACAUCAACAAGAGAGGAGGAACGUUAGGGAAUAUUAGGGGGGCGCAAACACCACAACAGCUGAGACAACGCCCGCAGGGAGAACAACCGGCGCGGCGGCCUAGACCUCCUGGGGUGGGCGAGCUGAAGGGAUCCAAACAGAUGGGAGAUCAGGGAGUGCGGUCAAAGAGUGGAAGCACGGUCAAACUGCUGGAUAGUGGGGUGUCCACCGGGCAUGGGUUUGUAGACGAUGCCACGAUACCUGCCUCAUCCCACGCAAACCAGCUCCCAACCCCCACACCACCCACCGGCAACCCAACAUCCGACCCACUUAAGCUCGUACUAGCGCGCGCGCGCCCGGUGAUCAAGUUAAUGCAUCUUUGGACAUCAGUCGCUAAGUCACAGCAUAUGAGGUGUUGGUCCCAGAGCCCAGCUGUUGGUCCCAGAGCCCUUGAAGAUGGACGGUUACCCCGCCGGAGCUUGGAGGGCCCACUGACGCCGAUGAACGGAAGUUCAGGUUCAAGCGGACGGUAGAUGACGGUUGUGAUCUUAUUGGAGGCUACUGAGGCUCUAUUAAGUCCCUCGCAAAACAACCAUUUGGAAGUACGCGUC